UUUUAUAAACAUGGCCUAGAAUCUAGAUGAUGUCCAAGAGGCUAGAUAUUUAACUCAAAAAGAUUCAAAAAUUGAAUAGAAUGGAACCGGCGGGUUUAUUCAAAUCCUCCAUGAGAUUUUUCUCCGAUCAAGAACUCUGCUACGCCGAUAUCCUCACUCCUCAAGAGGUCCUGGCGAGAAUUCAGGUAGCGGUCCUCAAUUUCCUCAGAAUUCUCACCUCCUCCACUCCUGCCAUCUCAAAUCUUCCUCUGAUUGAUCGAAGAUCGAGCAACAGCGGGGUGAAUCGAGGAAUUUUGACGGAUGUAUCGUGGAUUUACCUUUCGCACUCUUUUUGCACGAGGUCUUUGAUGAGAGCCAAUGCUGCUGAGGCUUUUGUUAGAGUGUGGAAGCUGAUGGAGAUGUGCUCUCAGAUUCUGCUUCAGGAAAAGCGAGUGACGCAGAGGGAGCUCUUCUACAAGCUACUCUGUGAUUCACCUGCUUAUUUCCCGACUCAAUUGCAUGUCAAUAGGACAAUUCAAGAUGUUGUAGCGUUACUUCGAUGCAGCCGUUAUAGCCUUGGAAUUAUGGCAUCUAGCAGGGGACUCGUCGCCGGCCGUCUACUGCUGCAGGAGCCAGGGGAUGAAGUUGUGGACUGCGCUGCCUGUGGACCUUCUGGAUAUGCUAUUUCUGGUGACUUGAACCUGCUGCAGAAGUUGACUCUGAAGACUGACGCUCGGUACAUAAUUGUAGUCGAAAAGCAUGCGAUCUUUCAGCGGCUGUUGGAGGAUCGUGUUUUCAAUCACUUUCCGAGUAUUCUUAUCACAGCCAAAGGAUAUCCAGACAUAGCCACAAGGUAUUUUCUUCACAGAAUUAGCGAAGAGUUUCCCAAUCUACCAAUUCUGGGCCUAGUUGAUUGGAACCCUGCUGGAUUGGCCAUAUUAUGUACCUUCAAGUACGGAAGUAUUGGGAUGGGCUUGGAGGCAUACAGAUACGCUUGCAAUGUUAAAUGGCUAGGAGUACGAGGAGACGAUUUACAACUGCUACCCCAAGAAUCUUUGGUUUCACUCAAGCCCCGGGACCUACAAAUUGCCAAAAGUUUGAUGUCCUCGGAAACAUUACAGGAUAAUUAUCGUGAAGAGCUGGCUUUAAUGGUCGAUAGAGGGCAAAAGGCUGAAAUUGAAGCUUUGUACCACAAUGGAUUUGAUUAUUUGGAGAAGUACAUAGCUAAAAAGAUUGUUCAAUUUAAUUACAUCUGACAUUAAUUUCAGCCUAGAGAAUAGGGGGUUUUUUGGUAUGCUUUUAAGAUGUGAUUCUAAAAAAAUUUUGCUGGUAA